AUGGAUAUUAACAAACUUUCUAAUCUUUUCUCAUUUGCCUCAACAAAUGAUCAAGCUGUACCAGUCAAGCAAUACCGCGCUGAUACAAUUGAAUACUACGUAAAUCAGAUUCAAAAUGAUCUAGCGAAUGGAAUAUCUCCACAGAAUUCAGGAACAUUAGCUAAUUUUACUAAUUUCCUGGCAUCAAAACAUUCUGUUUAUGUUGGAAAGAAUGAAGAGGCUUUCUUUCUCAACGAACUCUUCUCUUUAAUAUCCAUUGCUCAUCUUGAAUACAACACUCCUCUUUAUUUGACAACCGUUGCAGCCAUUAUCGGAAUAGAUCUAGGCGAUAAGGCUGCGAAGGCAAACAGAAUUGCCCGCGAUAUUAUCAAUAUUCCACCAGAUCCAAAUCCGAAAAAUUUCCUUUUGCUGAAGAAGAUUUUAGCAUAUCUCCAUCACACCCUCGUCUCAUGCACUCAAAUAAUAUUCCAGCCGUUACUUAAAAAUGUCACUUCAUGGGUGAUCAAAAAUGAUUAUAACGUAAAUGUUGCUGGCUACAGACUUCUUUUCUUACUUUGCGAUUUGUUUUACGAUACUCUAAUUCAAAUGCAAUCGAAAUUACAGUCAUUAAUUGGCUAUUCCCUGCAAAUCCAAGGAGCAGAAGUCAGGGAGACAGUUAAUGAUAUCAUUAUAAUGACAAUUCGUAAGGAAACACCGAAGAUGUCAGUGAAUUUUCAAAUAUUUACUGCUAAGAUUAUGACACAACUCGAGAGAACUCUUUGGAGAUAUUUUCCAAACUCCAUCUCUGCUGCUGAGACACUUACAUCGGCUCGUCCUGAGAUAAUCGAAGUAUUUAAGUUCCAAUCACUUCCUUUCGACGGAUUAAACUCGAAGGAAAAUGAAGGAAAAAUUGCAAACUUGCUUCUCUUCCCAUUCAUUGCCCACACGACACCGGAAUUAUUUACUGAUGAUGCCCUCAAGCAAUUAUUCAAGAUUUACCAUCCUAUGAUGAAGAAAAAAUUUGAAUUUCGUAAGGAAGCUGUUUAUUCGCUCGGAAAAAUCAUUUUCGAAUUACAAGACCGUACAAAGCCUUUUAAGAAGGUUUUGGACAGCGCUUACAGUCAUAUGAAAGAUUUAAUCAACGGACAAGAGCUGAUUUUCGGAUUGGCUGCUCUCACGGCCAUAGGAAUCUGCAGAUCCGAAGCUUUCCUUUCUUGGGUCUUUACAGUUCCAAUUAAUCAGAUAACAAUUGAUGCCAUUCAAAAGUUAUCGCAGGCCUUACCGGAUCUCAAAGAGGCAUUACAUACACGUUAUUUAUUUUAUAUUAAUACGAUUCUUGGCCAAAACGAUGCUCCUGCAAACGAUAUCAUUACAACUCUUAAGGGUAUCAAGCAAUUAGACAUUUCACGCGAUUUAAUGACAACAAACUUCAUCGUUUCGUGCACACGCCAGCUCCACCAUCGCACUGUAGAAGUUAGAUCUGCAACAUUGGACUUUAUCCUUUACUACCAAAACCAAAAACCAUCAUCCGAAAUCGUAUACAGACUACUUACAUUUAUUACGGCCGAACAAGACGAAGAUCUCCGUAAAAGUGUAUUUUCAAGAUUACGCAUGGAACCACUCAAUCCUGACUUCUGUGUGCUCUUGACUACAUAUCUACAUGAUAGUUCCGUUGAUGUUAUCAUCGGAGCUCUUACUUUCUUGCUCAAAUUAUCUAUCCACCAAAUUGCGAUCGAAUACAUCGUUAAUUUCUACCAGCAAAUCAUGGAAGAAAUCGGACAUGGCGGAAUUACUGGUUUCAACGCUAAACUCUUCCUAAUUUUCGCUGAAUACUCUCAAACCAGUUCUGUUCUUUCCCAGUUGCUCGAACAGUUCGCACAUAAGCUAAUUAUUAAUUUCCUCUCUUCAAAGAAGAAAGAACCAGCUUCAGCCCUCAAAUUAUUAUCAAUUAUCGUUCCAAUGUCUCGGGAUUCAGUUAAUGUCAACCAAUUAGCCUACCAUAUUGAAAACGGCUUGUCCGUGCACUCAUCAUCGAAGCGUCUUUCUGCUGCGAUUGAUUUAAUGAUUGUUGGUCUCCAAUUUACGAAUUUGAGUCACACAAUCUACAACGAACACAUUUCCCUGCACAGCCGCCUCCUUGCUGCAUCCGCCAGACCAGCCGCUUCCUGUUGCCACUCGAAGAUUUUGCAUGCAUUGAUGUUAGUUGGUCCAAUAAAGAACACAAACUACAGAAUAGAGUCUAAAUCAACACCUCUCACUGCCAGAUACAUCGUACAGAGCACAGAAGGUAAUCCAAUGCAGAUUGUCCUUAAUGCAUCAGUUUCUGUAGUUGUAAACCUCAUUUUGGACGUAUUAAUCAACGAUGACAUGUUUUCUAUUCACGCCGCUGCCAUUGAAUGUUUGAUAACUAUCAUGAAAGUCCAUAGAAAUCUUUCACCUGAAUUAUCUUCGCAAGUUAUCAACAGUUUAUCCGAAUUAUUCGUAUCCACGAGACUUGCAACAACCUCUAUAUUGAUUGCGAACAUCUCUACCAUCAUGACUGUUCUCGGAGACAGCUUUUCUCCAUUAGUAGAAAAAGCGGUUAAUUUAGUUUUCGCUGUUUGGGGAAGAAUGGACAAUUUACACCUCGUAAGAAUGUGCGAGUGGAUGUACAUGACUGUUCCUGAACCAUUCUGCGUACAUCUCCAUAAAAUAUGCACUUUCUUGUGCGGUGAAAUGUUAGUUUCUGAUUUGAGAACAACGAUGGCAAUUUUGAGUGCUUUUGUCACUUUUGGAGAAUCAUUGAAAGUUGCAUCGAUGACAAUUAUCCCUGCCAUAUUGAAUUUGAUGCGUCAGAUGAUAGAUCAAGACAUAAUUAUCGAUGAUGCGCUUGAUAGAUUCAAAACAAUCUUGGCUAAUUGCAAUCCAAGAAGUUACUUCACGCCCGUAAUUCGUGCAAUGAUUGAAUUAGUAAAAGUUCGACCAUCGAUACAUGACAGAUGCUGCCAGAUCAUUGCUGUCGUUGCAUUCAAUCUUGGUCCAUGUUUUCUCUUGCAUGUACAACAGUUGAGCACUGUUUUCCGAUUGAAAGAGAACAAAACAAUGGAAGCAAUUUUGAAAUCAUUUGAAGAAAAAACUCCGAUACCUGAAGAAAUCAUUAAACAAUGCUCUCCAACACCAAGCAGUAUAAAGAAAGGACACGGAGGAAGAGCGAGCCAAGCUAAAAUCGAAAUUCCUCAGUUCAAAGAGCCAACAAUUCCUCAGCAUUUGGAUGAAGCAGGAUGGUACGCGUGGGCACAGGAAUUCUAUGAUACAAUCAUCAGAAAUUCCCUUUCAAGAGCUAUUUCCGCUUGUGCCAUUUUAGCUGAGAAGCACUCGUACAUCAAAGACACAAUUGUUCCUAUCGCUUUCCUUCUUUAUUACGUCUCUUUCAACAGCAAUUCUGAUAAUCCGAGAAAACUUCUUCAAGCAAUAUUCAAUGAUGAAAACGUUCCUCAAUCAAUAUUGAGAAUCAUGUUGACAUCAUUAGAAUUGUUUGAAGCAGCAGGAUUAGAAAAACCUGUUUCUGCUGAACAGUUGACAUCAGCUACUUUGAAGACAGAAAUGGCCGCAAUCGCAUUGAGAUCAACAGAAUACAGAUUCCAGAGAGGAGAUCCGAACUCUCCAAAUUUGUUGAUCGAUUUGUACACGAAAUUGGGCUUGAAUUUGUCAGCACGAUGUGUAUUGACAUUGGCAAAGAGAUUCAAGAUGAAUGUCGACGAGUUAGUUGCUGCUGAAAAGAUAGGUCUUUGGGAAGAAAGUUUGAAGUUAUACGAUGAAAAGAUCUCUCAAGGAGAAACGAAAUACAAUGAUGCAAAAAUCAGAUGUUUAGAAGCGUUGGGAAGAUACAAUGAAAUGUUGAAUUUCGGAGGAACAGCUGCUGCAACAGCUUAUUUCCACUCCCUGGAUAUCGAUAAACUCGUGGAGAUUGCACCAAGUCUAAAGGAUGAUGGUGAAAAGGGUUCUGCAUUGAUAAUGGCCGCUGCUCUUGUUAAAAACAAUUUCGAAAAAAUUACAAAAACUUCUGAAAAAAUUAUUAACUGCUUUUCAAUGUCACUUUUCCCUCUAAUUUCUGAAGAUUACAACAUGGCAUUACCACAACUUGCCACAGCAUCAAUUGUACAAGUGAUCAACGAAGCGAUCGAGUACAAGAAACUCACACAAAUCCUAAGACACGCAGACAAAACAAGAAAAGCUUCAGUUAAUGAAAAAGUGAAGUCAAUUGAAAAUCUUUGGCAUACGAGAUUCUCAAUGAUUCCUGAUGACGCGAGAGUUCUCCACAACUUCUUGAACACAAUAUUAUUAGUUCUGCCACCAGAACUCGCUCAAACAGAAAUAACAAGAACAGCAAAUGUUUCAAUCGAUUGCAAACGAUUUGACAUUGCAGAGAUCUGCAUUUCUUUGCUUGAAAAGAGUGUUGAUAACGCAAAUACAAAGAUGUUGAGAGCCAAUCUUCUUUACGCAACAGACAAAAAAGAAGAUGCAAUACAACUUGCCGAAGUUGUCUCUUCAAACAGUGUUUUCACAAACGAAGAGAGAUCUAAAGCAGAAUUAACUCUUUCUAAAUGGUUCGACAACCAAAACAACAUCGAAUUAUCUUUGUUGCACGCGAAGAAGGCAAUAGAACUCUGCUCAGAAAUGGCAGAAGCUCAAUACCAAUGGUCAUUAAUCAACAACAAAUUGUUCAUGCAAACAAAUGACGCAAACGCACAAAUCGAGUCAUUUAAAGGUGUCGUAAAAGCUCUUCAAAUCACUAAACUUGAUUCCUUCGAAUACACACUCAAAAUCAUCUCCACAUUGUUUAGGAAUCACGACGCAAUUUCCAUUUUCAGAGAGUUUAUGCAUGAUAUUCCUCCUCAUGUUUGGCUCGGCGUCAUUCCACAGAUAUUAUGUCGCGCAAACAUCGAUGACGAGAGUUCCAAAUCGAUUAUUACUGACCUGAUGGUUCACGUCGGAUCAGAACAUCCUCAUGUUGUUAUCUACGCUGUUCUUCCUCUGUUGACAAGUGAUGGAACGAGAAGUUUCGUUGCUAAAGCAAUUCACGAGAAAAUGAUGAUGAUGCAGCCGAGAUUGACACAAACAAUGAAUACUUUCGCCCACGAAUUAAUAAGAAUCGCUGUUCUUUGGUGGGAUUCUUGGUAUUCAACAUUAGAUAAUGCAACAGCAAUAACAGAUGAUAAUCUUUUGAUCCAAACAAUUAGAGAUUUGAUCAAAGAAACAUUGCGUCCUCCUGAGACAGCGAAUGAAGUUUCUUUCAUCAGAUCUCUCGGUCCUUACGUACAUGAUGUAAUAGAUGCAUUGGAUGCAUUCGAUAAGAACAGAUCCCAUGAAAACAAGUCACAUCUUUGGCGUCAGUUAGUUACAGUUUAUAACAUGGUCAAACCAAUUAUAAACAACAAGACAGAGUUUACUUUAACUGAUGCUUCUCCUUUCUUGGCACAAGGAGAGAUAGAUUUGUCUGUUCCUGGUACUUACGCACUCGGAAAAGAGCUCGUGAAGAUAUCAAAGAUAGAAAACAGAGUUAAAAUCAUGGCAAGUAAACAGAAACCAAGAAGAAUCGUAAUUGUUGGAACAAACGGAAAUAUUUAUCCAUUCUUACUUAAAGGACAUGAAGACACAAGAUUGGAUGAAAGAGUUAUGCAGUUGUUCAAGUUCUUGAACAGUGUUGUUAAUGAUGAAUUACGUGUUACUCCUUACGAAGUUAUGCCUCUUACAAGAGAUGUUGGUUUAAUCGGCUGGGUUCCAAAUUGCACAACAAUUUUCGAACUCGUCAAGAACUUCAGAACACAAAACAACGUGAAUAUCGAAGAAGAAUGCCUCGAAUCAAUGCGUGGUGUUGAUUACAACAACCUGUACUUGGACGAGAAAGUUGCCGCAUUCAAGAGAGGUCUGAAGAAGACGGCAGGAGAUGAUCUUAAAAGAAUUCUUUUCAUUAGAUCAUUGGAUACAACACAUUGGCUCGAGAGAAGGAAGACAUACACAGCAAGCCUUGCAAGUACUUCUAUAUUCGGGUAUAUCCUCGGAUUGGGAGACAGGCACAUGUCUAACAUCAUGAUGGACGAAAAUACUGCGAAGUUGAUCCACAUCGAUUUCGGAGAUUGUUUCGAAGUCGCACAGCACAGAAAACUCUUCCCAGAAACAGUUCCUUUCAGAUUGACAAGAAUGCUCGUCAACGCUUUGGAACCUACUGGUUACGACGGAGCGUUUAGAUCUCUUUGCGUAACAUUGAUGGAAGUGUGCAGAAAGAACAGAACGAAGAUUUCUGGUCUCUUGGAAGCUUUCGUUUACGAUCCUCUUUUGCAGUGGUUGAACAAUGAAAACCAAGCUGGAGGAAUUGUCGCAAGAAUUGACCAGAAAUUGAGCGGAUCUGACUUCGGAGUGAGGAUGUCUGAGGCACAACAAGUUAAUAUGCUUAUUGAAGAGGCAACAAGCAAUAAGAACUUGUGCCAGAUGUUUAGAGGUUGGUAUCCUUGGUGGUAA